GGCGAGAGCGAGCGAGAUGCGAGAUGCCGCAGCCUGCCAGAGAGUGCGGGACUCGGACUCAAGAUGGGGCUGAAAGCACGCACCAACCAGGUACCUGUUUGGUAAGUGAGGUACCCGGCCUGGGAGUGGUGCCAGGUGGUAGCUAGGGCUCCUUAGGCCUGGCGAGUAAGGUCGGUUCGGUAGGGUCUGCGGCUGACCCCAUACCAUGACUAUAAUUCUUCUCGCACCCUCACCUGGGCUGGCAUCACUUACUGCGCUCAUUAUUCACGUUUCAUCCCUUCCUUGUCCUCAACAUCCCUCCGUCACACUUAACAGCUUGCAUUGCCGUAUCUUCACGCCUGUCUUGUCCGGAGCAAUUGGUCUGUAGUCCGUCGAAACCAUGGAGGCUCUUCUCCACCACUCCAAGGGCGUCUGUCCCUUCUUGAAGAAAACCUCGCCAGCGACUCUGCGUUCGCUUUCCACCUCCACCCACCAGUCUCCCGGUGGCGGUACCAUCACCAACCUGCAGUUCAUUGCGCGACGAUGCCCGGUCAUGAACAAGGCUCUGGCCGUCCAGAGCGCCCGCUUGACCUCUCGCCGAAGCUAUGGCAAGGCUGCGGCUGGCACUGGCGUUGUCAAGUCCUUGCUCGAGAAGAAGUUGCACACUUCCGCCGAGAAGAAAGCCAAUGUCGCUUCCAAUGUGGUCCGGCCUGCUCAGCAAGCUCCUCUUCCUCAAAAGGUGCAGCCUGCAGUCAAGAAACCCGACACCUACGCUGGUCCAAAGCCAGCAGCGCCACCAACUUCUCGCUUCGACUACGAAGGUUUCUACAACCACGAGCUCGAGAAGAAGCACAAGGACAAAUCGUACCGCUACUUUAACAACAUCAACCGACUUGCCAAGGAAUUUCCUCGCGCUCAUAUGUCGACAAUGGAAGAGAAAGUCACCGUCUGGUGUUCCAACGAUUACCUUGGCAUGGGCCGCAACAAACAUGUCCUGAACACCAUGCAUGAAACGCUCGACAUGUAUGGAGCUGGUGCCGGUGGUACCAGGAAUAUCUCUGGCCAUAACAAGCAUGCUGUCGCCCUCGAGCAGACCCUGGCCGACUUGCAUGGCAAGGAGGGGGCACUUGUUUUUUCUUCCUGCUACGUAGCCAACGAUGCGACGCUGGCAACCUUGGGCAGCAAGUUGCCAGACUGCGUGAUCUUGAGUGACAGCAUGAACCACGCUUCCAUGAUUCAGGGCAUUCGUCACUCGGGUGCCAAGAAGAUGGUCUUCAAGCACAACGACCUUGCUGAUCUGGAGGCCAAGCUCGCCAGUCUGGCACCUGAGCAACCAAAGAUCAUUGCCUUUGAGUCUGUCUACAGCAUGUGUGGCUCCGUUGCGCCCAUCGAAGCCAUCUGUGACCUUGCCGACAAAUACGGCGCCAUCACUUUCCUCGAUGAAGUGCACGCUGUGGGCAUGUACGGCCCAAGGGGAGCCGGUGUGGCAGAGCAUCUGGAUUAUGAUGUCUAUGCCAACCCAAACAGAACCAAAGAAAUGCAGAAGGGCACCGUGAUGGACAGGAUCGACAUCAUUACCGGUACCCUAGGCAAGGCCUAUGGCUGCGUGGGCGGUUAUAUUGCCGGUUCAGCUGCUCUUGUCGAUGCCAUACGGUCUUUGGCACCGGGAUUCAUCUUCACUACCAGUCUGCCGCCUGCGACCAUGGCUGGUGCCCGUGCCGCCAUCGAAUACCAGGCUCGCUACCAAGGUGAUCGACGACUCCAACAGCUGCACACGCGUGAGUUGAAAGACGAUCUCACUCAGCGUGGCAUUCCUGUCAUCCCAAAUCCGUCGCACAUUGUCCCUGUCCUGGUUGGAGACGCCGAAACUGCCAAGAAAGCCUCGGAUAUGCUGCUGAGCGAUUACGACAUUUAUGUGCAAUCAAUCAAUUACCCGACCGUCCCUCGUGGUGAGGAACGACUCCGCAUCACGCCCACUCCUGGACAUACGGCCGAGCUGAGGGCUCAGCUUGUGGAUGCUCUGGAGAAUGUUUGGCAGCGCCUGAACAUCAAGCGAGUGGCUGAUUGGGAGGCUCAGGGAGGUUUCGUUGGGGUUGGUGUCAAGGACGCCAAACCCGUCGAACCUCUUUGGACCGACGCGCAGCUGGUAGAUGCUCAGGCUGUUUCUGAGCCCGCAGUUGACGAAGCUCAGGCAGAGCGCGUUAUGCCUAUUGCAGCUGCCGCGGCUUGAGCUUUCCUCGAUUUGGAGUUCUUUACUGAAGUCGAUCUGAAGAAGUGCUCGCCGUAAGCGGUUGGGUCAGAAGAGGUGGUAGACAUGAUUGUCUACGAACCAGAAAACGUGAUCUAAAAACCAACAUCCUUUGUCAUCUAUUGGCAAAUGUCCGGCUCUUCAGCCAUGAUAUAAGCAUAUAGUUCCGGCCAGGAGCCUGGCCGAUGAGAAUCUGAAGUGGGCAUUAUAUAAAUGGCCAUUUACACUUCCAA